AUGGAGAAAACUGAGGCUCUGAAUGACGAUGAUGUUCGCGCUCAGAAGGUCAGCGGGAUGGAUGAACUCAAGGAGCUGGCAGCGAAGGAUCCUGUCGAGCUCGUCGUGCGUAUCCUCCAGAACCAUGAUGGAAAGAUUAUGCUUGAUGCACUCGAUGCAGAAAUUUGCGGAAGCGUUGUUGAAGAAAAAGGUUACAAGCGUUGGUGGGAGAAAACAAAGAAGAUGUUGCGUGAGAGCCGCCGUGCUUCGGUGCCCACGAAGCGUUCGGAUCCCCUCAUUCUUCGUGAUGAAUCGGCCAGCCCGGGAGAGCAUAUUGUGGGCGAAUUUGAAGAAGCACGUAAUCCGAAGGCAAAGGUAAAAGCACUAGAAGCAAUUCAACGUGAAGCCCCUCUGGUCGCCAAUAACAAAAGCCUCAUUACCCGCGCAUACGAUGCGAUCCAUGAAUCAGCCCGUCAGAUUUUGAAAAUGUCUCCUGCCCAAGCACUUGAGCUAGUGGCUUUGCGUGAUGACAUCGCGGAGGAAACAAAUACGACUGAGCAAAUUGCUGACAAUGCCUUGCGCCUGAGCGACGUUCUCCAAAUUUUGAAAGUGUUUGAUCAGAUCAGCUCACGAGGCGUUACCGAGAUCGCCAAGUUAAUGCAGGAAAAAGAUCAGAUGAAGCCCUUCCUUGAGCACAUUAAGGUAGGGGUCUCGCGUCAUGCUCUUGGGCCAGAUGCCUUGGCUUGGAUCUGCCGCGAGCGUAAAAAAUCUGCCGAGCCCGUCUUUGGCCGCGAGGUAGGAUCUGUUAUUCUUUCCGUGCUCGAGCUUGAUACGAUGGACGAUGGACCACGCCGUGCUGGACGUCUUGCAAACCUUCUCGCAGAAGACAAGGAACUCAUCGCCGAUCUGCUCGAUGGAGUGGAUCUCAAUGAAGUGCGACUUUUCGCUCGUAAACUCCUCGCCUCUCCUGCCUUUCCCGAGCUAGAUCGCAAGUCAUUGAUGGCUCGCGUGAUUAAGAAAUAUCCUGAAACGCAAGACAUGGUCAGCGGCGAAGCUUCUGGCAAAGCCGACGAAGGACUCAUUGUCUCAUACGCCUCACUUGAGAAACGAAAAGCGGAAUACGAAGAUCUCGUGAAUACCGCAUCCCGCAAAACAUUAAAGAAAUUGCCGUGGCCCGAGAUCACGUCCGUCUUGAAUCGCCGCAAGAUAGAACUUCAAAAAGAUCUCGAGCGCGCACGCGCGACCGACUUCGAAGGCGCCGACAGCUCCUCCGUGAACCUUGGCACCAAGAUCACCUUGAGAGAUCAAAAUGGGAAAGUGCAGGUGCAAUCGAUGAUGGGAGCAUGGGAUGGUGACCCUGAUAACAAGAUUCUAUCCUACCUCUCAGAUAUGGGGCAGGCACUUAUCGGUAAAAAUGUCGGUGAUACGGCUGAAGUUCGCGACCCAGAGACUGAGAAAGACCUCACCGUGACCAUCGAAAAAAUCGAAACUCUCUAA